AUGUCAGAGUGGUGGGGCCUAGCCCAUUUUCAUACAUUUCCAGUUAGACUUGAGGUCGAGUCAUCUGAUGCCAUCAUCACAGGUCUUGUUCUAGUUUGCCAUAGAGAUGCUUCAAUUCUAUUUGAUCUAGGUUCUAUUUAUUCUUACGUGUCAUCCUAUUUUGCUUCACAACUGAUUGUGCAUCGUGAUUCUUUGAAUGCUCUAGUAUAUGUGUCCACACCAAUGGGAGAUUCUAUUAUUGUAGAUCGUUUUUACCGCUCUCAAGAAGAGCAUGAGCAAUAUCUUCGGGUGGUACUUCAGACCUUGAGAGAUAGUCGAUUGUGCACCAUGUUUUCAAAUUGUGAGUUUUGGUGGGACUCAGUUGCCAUUUUGGGACAUGUUGUAUCUACCGAGGGCAUUAAAUUGGAUCCUAAGAAGAAUGAGGCAGUUCAGAACUGGCCUAGACCUACUUCAGCUAGAGAGAUUCUGAGCUUCCUAUAUUUGGCGGGUUAUUAUCGCAGGUACCUGGAAAGUAAAGAAAGUGAGAAGAAUGAGGGGCCAGCAGCAGCAAAUAGUAUCAGUAGUAAUGCAACAGUGUUAACAGCUUAA